AAAAAAAAAAAAAAAAAGAGGUUAAAAUCGGCGGUAGCUCUAUUACUCCUCAAUCGAUUCCGUUUCUUGAGCUGCAAACCAAAGGGAUUAGUAUUGGUUUCAGGCGAUUAUGCGAAUGCUAUAGAGAGUUAUAGUGGGCCAAUAAUAUCGUGCAAAGGAACAGUAACUACUGCUGGCUUUUCCAUUUUCAAUCAUAGCUGAGUAAUUGGUGAUUAUUCCUCGGUUUUGGUGGUAAACAAAUGCCUCGAUACAAAGAUGAACCUCCUGCUGUUCGUGUUUACACAGUCUGUGACGAAUCAAGGUAUUUGAUAGUGAGGAAUGUUCCAUCUUUGGGAUGCGGUGAUGAGCUGUUGACGCUGUUCUCAUCCUAUGGAGAUGUAGAGGAGUGUAAACCAAUGGAUGCAGAAGAUUGUGAGCAAUUCACUGAUGUUUACUGGAUAAAGUUUCGUCUUGUCAGCAACGCCAGGUUUGCAAAGAGGAAGUUAGACGAGUAUGUUUUCCUUGGAAAUCGACUGGGGGUUUCUUAUGCUCCUCAGUUUGAGAGCCUUGCCGACACAAAGGACAAACUGGAAGGCAGGAGAAGAGAAGUUCUAGCACGAUUGAACCCUUGUGGUUCUAAAGGGUCCAGAGUUAACAAGUCAGGUGCUUUAACCGAGGUUUCGUUCGAUGCAACCCCGUCCCAGACUUACAGUGAUUCCCAACGUGUAAACUGUAGCCCAAGGGACUAUGGACAAUCACAACUUACUUCGCAAGUUAAUAAUCCUCCCAUUACAAGAGUUUCCUCUGAGAAGGAAUAUUUUGCUUCCCCAUCCAUGAAUCAAACUGUCCAGAUGGUCAGGGAAAAGCUCGAUAAGAUUCAAUCAAGUACCGAGCAUCUGCUAGAAGGUCAUAAAUCCAAGAAAGCAAGGGUGGACAAUAGAAGGAGAAUCUAAUGCAUUUGAGAACGAGCAAUCCAAUUGGAUCUGGAAAUUGUGUUUUUGGUCUCGCUUCAGCUGUCAUUGAACUUUUGCUCCCUAUUAUUGUUUUUUUAGGAGGUUCAGAAUGAAUAGGAGGUUAGUUGAUCAUGUAAUCUACACAGAUUAGAGAGUAUUUCUUAUGAAUGAUAAUGUAAAAGGCAGUUUUGUAAAGGAAAAGCAAUCUCCUGAUGUUA